GAUGCUUUUGCUGCUGUUGACGGAACACAGGCGUGAGAGCGCAGAAGCCAGAGAGCACACGGUCGGGAAGGUUGAACAUCGGAUUCCCAUCUCAGUCAAACAGGAUAUGUCUGUAAGAAUGGAAAUGGAUAUCAAUGGAGUGUCAAGGGCACACGUCUCCAUUCUUCCAGCAGCUGAAAUAAAAGACACAUUGAAACCAGAAGCAGAGAGACCUCGCUGUGCAAGCACUCCAUGUUCACCCAUCAGAGGUACUGUUGCAGGAUACCAAAUCCUCCACAUGGACUCAAACUAUCUGGUAGGCUUCACCACUGGUGAGGAGCUGCUCAAGCUGGCCCACAAGUGGUCAGAAGGCGCUCCAGAGAAGUGUUCUGUAUCAGACGCCAUGACUAGCUCAGUCCCGGGCGCUGUCCCCAAGUCUGUAGACUUGGGCAUCCACCGGUCUUCACGAAUCGGCAAAGGCAAAAGUCGCCACUACCAACCAUACGACAUUCCUGCGGCCAACGGGCGGAGACGGAGGCGUAUGCCCAGUUCGAGUGACACCCUCCUAAGGUCCCUGGCCCACGGGGAGCCUAGGAGAGCUCUGCAUGCUCCACUACCCCUCUGUCUGCUAAAAGGAAAGAGGGCCCAGUCCAAGUCUCUGGACUACCUCAAUCUGGACAAAAUAAGUAUCAAAGAAUCAUCAGACACUGAGGUGUUACAGUACCAACUGCAGCACCUCACCCUGCGAGGGGAGCGCAUCUUUACCAGAAACAAGACAUGAAAGCACAGUGGAAUGCCCUUUUUUAGGCGUCUUUCAACCUUUUCGGGGAUUUAAGUGCUUUGUCCAGCUCGGUUCUUUCUACCUAAAUUAGAAGCUGUUCUUUAAGAAGACAGUCUAAAAUGAUUAACUGGGGGGUUUAUAAUGAGGUUGUUGAGUUUAAAAAAUGUGAAUUAUAUAAAUUUAGCAAUAACUGGUGAACCUAUUUAUUGACAGUGUUGUGUUUGUACUGGUCAGAGACGCACUGAUACAUCAGCUUACAGCUGGUGAAAGCACAUAUCCCAUACUGUAUCAGCUUAAAAUGCACCAUUUCUGUCAGUCCAAUAGUAGUUUACCGCUUAUCUUUAAGUAGUUGUGUUAGUGGAAGUUUAGAUUUUUUUUCAGAUUAUGGCACUGCAUACAACUGUCAGAUCAGCAAGAUAAUACUUGUAUUGUCUUAUUAAUGUAUUGUUUUACAACUGUCAGUCAAUAUCUACAUCUUUCUAAACCUCUUAUUUAAAAGAAGGUGGUAAUAUAAAAAAAAAAAAAUGUAAUAUAAUACGACCAUGCCAUAUGUACAUGUAUUCUACCCUCUGUUCAUACUUGUGCUUCAGUGAUCCCCUCUUUUCAUUUACCAGCUACUUGGACUACUAGUCACCAGGAUGCCCCAAAACAAUCCCUUCUUAACGUGACUACACUGUUAACAGUGGCGGAGAGAAUCCUGUCCCAACUUGUCAUUUUAGCUUCAGGACUGUCUCUCUCUUAAAGUUAGUUUCACAGUGAGGAUCACUCCACAGCCAGUAUGGAUAUAACAAUACCUCUUCCAAUGUACAUAUGCUGCCAUAUAUAUAUUGUAUUAAGAUUUGACUUGACUUUAAAAUAUCAUCACUAACACUAUCUAAACAGUCAAUCCCAUAGGUUUGAAAGUAUCAACCACUAAAGAUGGAGUGAUUACCAAUCUUUUCCAGGUUAUUGUUGGCAAAUAUGGUUGGGAAUAUGUUGCCUUUAGAAAACCAUAUUGGUGCAGCUCUAGUUUUGUAUAUUGGUAAUGGCCGCACAAAAGUAAUUUUGAGGUGUGUCUUUAUAAUGAGUGUGUAUGUACCCCUUAAAGCUGGUAAUGGAUGUGUUUCUGUCUCAUGGCAGGAAGGCAGAAACGCAUCCUGACUGUAUGUGGAAACGUCAGUACACCUGGAUUUUGUCAUUACCAUGGUACCAAUUAGGUGUUUUAAUCAAUUAUUCACAGUAAACACUGCAAUAUUGAACACAAGUAAGACAUGUGAACACUUACAGUUGUGUGGAAAAAUGUGUACAUUCCUUGAGUUUUUUUGUACAUUUUAAUGCGCUGGUUUGAAAGGAAAUUGUGAUUUCUUUGUGUGUUUCUCUAAAAUUUAAUUUAUUUAAUGAACAUGUAACAUAUAAAGCCUCUGUGCCAAAUUUGUAUGCGAAAAGCAUCUUUCAAAUUGUUCUGUUGUAGAAAAUGACCUAAUCUGAGUACAAUGGGUGCAGUAUGUGUGUUACUGUUAGCCCAACCGUCUCAGUGUUCCUGAUCCACAGGGGGAGUGUCAGCGUGCUUUGUGGUCUGCCACUGUGGGAUUUGGAAAUGUUCUCUACACAUAUAUAGAUUCCCUUCAGACAGGACUAUGGUACAUUUUUAAUUUAGGAUAAAAAAUGUUUUGUCUAUAACACACAGUGCAUGUUCACAUUUGAAUCAAGGUUUAAAAACAUGAAGAUUUAAUGUUUGGUUUUUUUUAGGAUAUGUGAGAGAAUAUUAUACAUCCUCAUUGAAUGAAUGUUCUGAUGAUCAAAAUGAAAAUUUUGUCUAUGACCCACCCCCCUGUAAAUCAAUGCAGUGUCGGAUCAACAGGAGGAGCAUGAUAACCUUCUUUUGUAAGUGCAAUUCUAUCUAUUUGUGUAUUUUCAAUUUGUGCACAAAAAACCUGAGAGGAAAUGCUGGAUAUUUGAUAAAAGUGCAAAAGUUGGUGUAUCAAUAAAAGCACAGUAAAAGCAAAAUGUGACAAUAGAUGUGUGCAAUAGAAACAGACUUUAAUCAUGAUGUUAAUGAAGCAUGUGACAUCCACUGAAGAGACCAAAGAUGGCAGCAGACAAAAACAUCAGAACUGUGUGGAGCAAUAACUCUAAAAACUUCAAAAAAUGUCAUCAUUCUGGAGCUCUUUUAAUUUUCUUAUCUCCUUGUGCUGUCUCCUGCAAUUAUCUAACAGCACCUGACUGGAUAAUUAGUACCACCAACUUUUUAUCUUGCGCCAAAUAUUUGCAUCACAGUAGUGGAAGGACACCCACAUUAUUUAACAUUUUAUUUUUUGAAGUCUGAAAAUGGUAGUAAUUUGCACUAAAUUUGGAUGAACAGUCAUAUUCUAGCCAUAUAUCACAAACAAAUAAUGUAGAUGUUAAACAGCUACCAAUGUUGAUCAAAUAAAUAGUGUUCAAAAAAAGCCAGAACUGCAAAGCAAAGUUAUUUGAAAAAUCAUUCAAAUGAUUUAAUUAAGUUAGAUUUUGUUUACAUUUUGAAACUUUGAUUUAAAACUCAAGGGGAGUACAAAACAUUACACUGUAUACUGUAUGUAAAGUCACUCUUAUGCACUUCUAUUGAUUCCUUAAGCCAAACAGAAAAUGUACACUAUGUUAACA